CCUGCUUGGUGCUGGGAGUGGGGAGCUGGAUUAAAGGAGGGAGUAAGUCAGGUGGGGUGAUUAACGUUUGCUGGAGAGCUGCAAUUUAUUUAAACCACAGGGAGCAACCAGGGCUUGGGUGCAUGUUGUGGGAGAGGCUGCGUCUGAUAAAGUCUGUUUACUCAGGGAGGACCUGGUCCCUUUAAAACCCAGGGCAGGUGAGUCUCCAAGGCCCUCCCAGACUUGGUGGAACUUGGGGGAGGCGGCUGCCUAGCCUUGUCUGAAGUCCCUUCCUUGGUCUAUAGGCUGCAAAGCCCUGGAAGGCAGUUACGGAACGGACACAUCUUACCCAGGAUUGAUGGCCGUCUGUUUCCUUUGUGGCACAGCUCAGAGAGCAACCUACAACAUGCUUCGUAACACAAAAGUCCCUGCGGGGCUUAGUGAUAUUUGAAACGAUAAAAGAAGUUGAAGCACCAAGUCAUGAGCUCUGAGAUUGGAAGAGGGCAUGAGUGAGGGCCGAGGGUGCUCCAGGAAGGCUCUCGGGUGGGCCCAGGCCCUUGGCAGUAAACCUUGCACAGGAGCAGUGCUCUUCAACAGUGUCAAUGGGGUUGAGUCGGUGAGGCCGGGGAGGGCACUCCAGACUCCAGCCAUAAGUGGCGUGAAGCUCUGUCCACCCGUCUACGCCGCCAUGGGAUGGAUGACAGGUUGGGGGACUAGGCCCCACCCUCUAUACCUUCUCUGCAUAGCUGACUUGAUUUCCCCUCUUUUGUGGUCACUUGUAAACAGCGGACUGCAGUGGGUGCCACAGUCAGGAAGCAAGACCUGGAGGCCCACUGCCUGUGGGUGGAGGACCCAGGCUCUUUUAGGAUCUGAGUGUUGAGUUAUGUCCCCACCGAGGCACCCCACGACGACAGACAGGCGGUUAGCAUGGCUGAGAAGCUACACCUGCACGGAGGGCCUGCAGAAAUGGGUUUCUGGCUGAGUCCUAUGCGGUCGGUGGCAGCAAGGAGGAGAGGCCUGGGCAUCUGGAGCAAGACUGAGAUGGAGCAGUCCUGGAGUGUGUGAACAGGCCGGAGCCCUACCCGCCUGGCGCAUCAUGGUCCAGAGGCUGGGGGUGAGCCGCCUGCUGCGGCAUCGGAAAGCCCAGCUCCUGCUGGUCAACCUGCUGACCUUCGGCCUGGAGGUGUGCCUGGCUGCGGGUAUCACCUACGUGCCACCCCUGCUGUUGGAAGUGGGGGUAGAGGAGAAGUUCAUGACCAUGGUGCUGGGCAUCGGUCCGGUGCUGGGUCUGGUCUCGGUCCCGCUCCUAGGCUCGGCCAGCGACCACUGGCGUGGGCGCUAUGGUCGCCGGAGGCCCUUCAUCUGGGCCCUGUCCCUGGGCGUCCUGCUGAGCCUCCUCCUCAUCCCGAGGGCCGGCCGGCUGGCGGGGCUGCUGUGCCCGGACACCAGGCCCCUGGAGCUGGCGCUGCUGAUCCUGGGCGUGGGGCUGCUGGACUUCUGUGGCCAGGUGUGCUUCACGCCGCUGGAGGCCCUCCUCUCUGACCUCUUCCGGGACCCAGACCACUGUCGCCAGGCGUUCUCCGUCUACGCCUUCAUGAUCAGCCUGGGGGGCUGCCUGGGCUACCUUCUGCCUGCCAUCGACUGGGAUGCCAGUGCCCUGGCCCCCUACCUGGGCACCCAGGAAGAGUGCCUCUUCGGCCUGCUCGCCCUCAUCUUCCUCACGUGCGUGGCAGCCACACUGUUUGUGGCUGAGGAGGCAGCGCUGGGCCCAGCCGAGCCCGUGGAAGGGCUGUCGGUCCCGUCUGUCCCACCCCACUGCUGCCCGUGCCACGCCCGCCUGGCUUUCUGGAACCUGCGCGCCCUCUUUCCCCGGCUGCACCAGCUCUGUUGGCGCAUGCCUCGCACCCUACGCCGACUCUUCGUGGCCGAGCUGUGCAGUUGGAUGGCAUUCAUGACCUUCACACUGUUUUACACAGACUUUGUGGGCGAGGGGCUGUACCAGGGUGUGCCCAGGGCUGAGCCAGGCACCGAGGCCCGGAGACACUAUGAUGAAGGGGUCCGGAUGGGCAGCCUGGGGCUGUUCCUGCAGUGUGCUAUCUCCCUGCUCUUCUCUCUGGUCAUGGACCGGCUGGUGCAGCGAUUCGGCACCCGGGCAGUCUAUCUGGCCAGCGUUGUGGCUUUCCCCGUGGCUGCCGGCGCCACGUGCCUGUCCCGCAGCGUGGUGGUGGUGACCGCUUCAGCUGCCCUCACUGGGUUCACCUUCUCUGCCCUGCAGAUCCUGCCGUACACGCUAGCGUCCCUCUACCACCGGGAGAAGCAGGUUUUCCUGCCCAAAUACCGCGGAGAUGAUGGAGGUGGUACCAGUGAGGACAGCCUGAUGACCAGCUUCUCGCCGGGCCCUAAGGCCGGAUCUCCCUUCCCCAAUGGACACGCGGGUGCUGGAGGCAGCGGCCUGCUCCCUCCUCCACCUGCACUCUGCGGGGCCUCUGCCUGCGAUGUCUCCAUGCGUGCAGUGGUGGGCGAGCCACCGGAGGCCAGGGUUGUUCCGGGCCGGGGCAUCUGCCUGGACCUUGCCGUCCUGGACAGUGCCUUCCUGCUGUCCCAGGUGGCCCCGUCUCUGUUUAUGGGCUCCAUUGUUCAGCUCAGCCAGUCUGUCACUGCCUAUAUGGUGUCGGCUGCAGGUCUGGGUCUGGUUGCCAUUUACUUUGUCACACAGGUGGUAUUUGACAAGAGCGACUUGGCCAAAUACUCUGUGUAGAGUACUUCCAACCCACUGAGGGAGGACCUGCCUCACUGGGUCCCAGCUCUCCCUAUUCCAGUCCCCUGUUGGCCCGGUAGGGCUGUGGGCUGGCCUUCCAGUUUCUAUUGCUGCCAAAGUGGUGUGGCUCUCUGCUGCCGCCCUGUGGCAGUGAGGUGUAUAGCUGCACAAGUAGGGGACUGGGGCUUCUUCCCUCCCACCUCUCCUCAGUCUUUAGGGCUGGCUGACUGGAAGCUCUCCAGCAGGCUUCAGUCUGGACUUCCACAAGGAAAGAAGGGCAGGGCAUUUAAUUAACUCUGUGCACUGGAAUGCAGGACUCUGCCGGGGGAUCACCCAGGCUCAGGGUUAACAGCUAGUGUCCUGGUUGAGAAAUACCCAGAGAAGGGAUUUGGGGAGCUGAGUAAACUCAGCCACCUCGUCUCCUACAACCAAGGCCUCUUAUCCCAUAGGUUCUCCCAGUGUCGCUGUUGCAUGGGAGUUUGUGAUGUGAAACGGCUCCUCUACAGGAUUUGAAAGUAUGAAAGUUAUUGGGGGACGCGGUCCCGAGGGGAGAAGGGAAGCUGCCUAGCCCCACAGCGCCACCUCUCUCCUGUUCCCCCUCCCCUGCAUUUUAUUAGGACUUGGCUUGUUGGCCCCUGUGUUGCCAUCACAGGGACACAGGUUUUUAAAUAAUUAACUUAUUUAUUUAAGUAGAAGGGGAAUCAAGGUGUUUAGGGGUUGGGUAGGAUGAGAUCCCUAAUGACUAGGUCCCCUGAGACGAUUGGUUAUUGGGCUGAGAAUUGUCAGAAUCUCCUUCUCCUGGAGUGAUUGGUCUGGCCCCAGAACUGCCUAACCCUGAGCCUGGAAGCUCUGCUUACCCCAACUGAUAUCCCAAAUCCUGUUACCCAAGGCGGGGAGGGCUGGGGAAAUGUGAAGGGUGGGGCUUCAGGUCUCAGCAGCCUCCGUAGCCUCACCUCCCCUCUUGGCCCUGCCGUCCCCCCCAGCUCCCCUCUGCUCCCUCUAGGACUGGGCUGAUGAAGGAGCUGCCCAACCCCACCUUUCCCCACUGGCUCCACAGCCCUCUCCUUGGGGCUGUUUUGGGACCAGAAGCACAGAGUGUGGCUCCUUGAGCCUUUAUCCGUCUCAGCCCCCAGGGCAUAUCUGUGCUUGGGGAAUCUAGCACAGAAACUCAGGAGCACCCCCUGCCUGGGCUAAGGAGGUCUUAUCUCCGGGGGCUUUAAGUGCCGUUUGCAAUAAUGUUAUGUCUUAUUUAUUUAGUGGAGUAAAUAUUUUAUACUGUAUGUGAGCAAUCAGAGUAUAAUGUUUAUGGUGAUGAAAUUAAAGCCUUCUUAUAUGUUUAAUUGGUCUUUGUGUCUUUUCUGAGCAGAAAAGACCAAAUCUCUCUCAAAUUAUCCUCAGCUUCCUUCUCAUCAGGACCGUUUUUUGGCAGCUUCAGUUCCCAGCACCACCA